AUGAAAGGAAAAAAAAUGUGUUAUUCUUUAUUUUUUUUUAAAGAACAUAUAAAGCGAUAUACUUUAAUAAUAUUUGUUAUUUUUAUUGUAAAAUGCUCAAAUCAAAUUAAACUAACACAAAAUGGGAAUAUAAUAACAGCAACGUAUAGUAAUGGAAAGGGGAAUAAAUAUUUAUUUUGGGGAAAUAAUGAUCCCAUAAAUAUAUUUGGUAAAACUAUUAAACGUCGAAAUCCAUUCGCCUCUAUUGGGGCAAUGUUUAGUGAAAAAAUGUCCAAUAAAAAUAAAAAAAAUAAAAAUGAAAUGUUUGGGAAAUUCGCAAUUGUAGAGACAUAUAAUGAAACCAACAAAAAAUACAUUGGUAAUGAAUAUGAUACAAAAGAAUAUGAUAUUACAAAUAAAGAUCUUAAAUUAAAGAAUUGUGAUAAACUGAAAUUUAUUAAUGAUGAAAAUAUAAAAUAUGAAAAAAAACAAAAUCAAAAAGUUAUAAAAACAUUAAAAAAGGAAGUAAAUCUUAUUGAUGAAAGAGAUAUAAGUGAUUCAAUUUUUUUAAAUAAUAAAAUUGAUGAAACAAUGUCAAAAAAAGAAAAUAAUUCCAGAAGCAUUAUAAAUAAUUUUUUUCACAAUUUAUGGGGAAACAAUAAUACUUCCAAAUCUCGGGACUACAACAAAGGGAAUGAAAAUGAUAAAAAUGAAAAUGACAAAAAUGAAAAUGACAAAAAUGAAAAUGACAAAAAUGAAAAUGACAAAAAUGAAAAUGACAAAAAUGAAAAUGACAAAAAUGAAAAUGACAAAAAUGAAAAGGGGUCAAGUUUUGAAGGGUCUGAUAAUGAAACUAAUUUUCUUUUGAAAGCUUUAAACUCAGGAAAGUUUCCAAACUACUGUCUUGUUGAAAAUAUCGAUGAAAAUGCAGAUAAUUUUGAUAUAUAUAUGAGUAAAGAAAAAAUGAAAGAAUUAAAUAUUAAUGAUGGGUUUACAGUUUUAUUAAAAGGGAAAAAAAAGAAAGAAAUGGUAGCUAUAGUUAGAGAAGAUAAUAGAUUAAACAAGUAUUCAGUAUCUAUAUCAUUUUCAAUAAAACGGAAUCUAAGAUUAAUGCAUAAUGAUAUAAUAAAAAUAUAUCCAUUAUCAAAUAUAAAAAAUAUAAAAAAUGUAAUACUAAGUCCUUUUAAUGAUACAGUAAAUAAUAUAACGAAACAAGAAAUUGAAAAAGAGAUUCUAAAUACAUAUUUAAAGAAUAGUUAUAAACCAUUAAGUGUUGAUAAUACUAUUUAUAUUAACUAUAAAAAUAAAAGAAUAGAAUUAAAAGUAUUAAAAUUAAUAACAGAUGAUGGACAAAGUGAACAACAUGGUUGUUUAACAAAUACAUCUCAUAUAAAUUUAUCUGAAACAUUUUUAAAUAGAGAAGAUUAUGAAGAAAAUACUGAUGAUAUAAAUUAUGAGGAUUUAGGAGGUAUGAAAAAACAAUUAAAUAAAAUUAGAGAACUUAUUGAAUUACCUCUAAAAUAUCCAGAAAUAUUUAUGAGCAUUGGAAUUUCAGCACCAAAAGGUGUACUGAUGCAUGGAAUCCCUGGAACUGGAAAAACAUCUAUAGCUAAAGCAAUUGCAAAUGAAAGUAAUGCAUAUUGUUAUAUUAUUAAUGGACCAGAAAUAAUGUCUAAACAUAUAGGAGAGUCUGAACAAAAAUUAAGAAAAAUUUUCAAAAAAGCAAGUGAAAAAACACCAUGUAUUAUAUUUAUUGAUGAAAUUGAUUCUAUUGCUAAUAAAAGAAAUAAAAGUAGCAAUGAAUUAGAAAAAAGAGUAGUUUCACAAUUAUUAACAUUAAUGGAUGGACUUAAAAAAAAUAAUAAUGUUCUUGUACUUGCUGCAACAAAUAGACCAAACUCUUUAGAUCCCGCAUUGAGAAGGUUUGGACGAUUUGAUAGAGAAAUAGAAAUUCCAGUACCUGAUGAACAAGGUAGAUAUGAAAUAUUAUUAACUAAAACUAAAAAAAUGAAACUAGAUCCAGAUGUUAAUUUGAGAAAAAUUGCAAAAGAAUGCCAUGGAUAUGUCGGGGCAGAUCUUGCCCAACUCUGUUUUGAAGCCGCUAUUCAGUGCAUAAAGGAACAUAUUCAUUUUCUAGACCUUGAAGAAGAAGAUUUUAUUGAAUUUAUGAAACUCAGUGUAGAUGGUAAUACUGAUGAAAAUAAUGAUAAUCAUAAAUCAGAAGAUACAUAUCGAAGUUCUAAUUUUGAAGGGGGUGUAAAAAGCCUAAAAAAUGUUUUUAAAUUAGGAAAUAAAAAUCGUACUGAACAAGCUAGCCAAAAUGACAAAAUAAAUAUGAACAAAUCAGGUGAUAAAUUCGAUCAAAAAACAAAAAAAAUUCCAUCAUAUAUAUUAAACAAAUUAACAAUAAAAGCAAAACAUUUUCAACAUGCUCUUAAUAUAUGUAAUCCAAGCUCAUUAAGAGAAAGGCAAGUACAAAUACCAACUGUAACUUGGGAUGAUAUUGGAGGAAUGCAAUAUGUAAAAGAACAAUUAAAGGAAACAAUUUUAUACCCAUUGGAAUAUAAACAUUUAUAUAAUAAAUUUAAUUCAAAUUAUAAUAAAGGAAUUUUAUUAUAUGGUCCACCAGGAUGUGGUAAAACAUUAUUAGCAAAAGCUAUAGCUAAUGAAUGUAAUGCAAAUUUUAUAUCUGUAAAAGGCCCGGAAUUAUUAACAAUGUGGUUUGGUGAAUCUGAAGCAAAUGUAAGGGACUUAUUUGAUAAAGCUCGAGCUGCAUCUCCAUGUAUUAUUUUUUUUGAUGAAAUAGAUUCUUUAGCAAAAGAAAGGAAUAGUAAUAAUAAUAAUGAUGCUAGUGAUCGAGUUAUCAAUCAAAUAUUAACUGAAAUUGAUGGUAUUAAUGAAAAAAAAACAAUUUUUAUUAUUGCGGCUACAAAUAGACCCGAUAUAUUAGAUAAAGCACUAACAAGACCGGGUCGUUUAGAUAAAUUAAUUUAUAUAUCUUUACCCGAUUUUAAAAGUAGAUGUAGUAUAUUUAAAGCAAUAUUAAAAAAUACUCCUCUCAAUAAAGAUGUUGAUAUAAAUGAUAUGGCAAAAAGAACAGAGGGUUUUUCAGGUGCUGAUAUUACAAACUUAUGUCAAAGUGCAGUUAAUGAAGCAAUUAAAGAAACAAUAUAUCUAAUAAACUUAAAAAAAGGAAAAUCCAAUAAAAAUGAUAAAAAAAAAAAAUCUCGAGGAGGACAAAAUUAUUUAGAAAACUAUGAUCCUGUUCCAACACUCUCAAAAAAACAUUUUGAUGUAGCAUUUAAAAAUGCACGAAUUUCAAUACAGCCUGAAGAUGUUCUUAAAUAUGAAAAAUUUAAAGAAAAACUUUCUUUGAAAUCGUCUAACUAA